AUGCUUCCCACACCACCCGAGUCACCAUCCGAGUCACCAUCCGAGUCACCUCCCUCUGUUCCUGUCGAGAGCUCUGUUCCUGUCGAGAGCCAAAACGACGAUAGCAGACGCAAAUGCAAACCACUGCCGCCAUCACAGCCAAACAAUAAGUCUAGGGAUGUGGAUGGCGCCUCCAGCGCUUCGAAUACACAUGUCAGCAGAAAGCGUGUCAAAACGGCUGUUCGAUCUUCUUUCCUUGGAGAGAACAAAAUGGAAGACGAAUCAGCGCACCCCGCUGACGGAUACGCCGCUGACGAGGAAAGUACCUCUGAAUAUAUCUCUGACGAUUCCUGGAGCAGCACUCCCAACUACCCUUCAAGUGCGACAUGGCUCAAUCCAUAUGUUGAAUCGGAGUUCGUCAUUGAAAUCAGAAAUCUUUUAAUACCCGAGGAUCCAUCACCCCCCAAAGUCACCGAUUUGUGCGUCAUGUGCGACAAACCAGCUUACUACAUGUAUGUCCCCGUGACCACGAUGAGCAACUUCGUGUUGGUGGCAUCCUAUAGCCAGGACGGUAUGUUCUUUCCACAGGAUGUCAAUCAAUCCUUGGCUGUCCUCACCAAAGGUCUCACCUCCUUGCUUCCCGGGGUGGUGGUCAUUGCGGCACUGUCAUGGUCUCCUGAACGAACACCGUCCCUCAACCUCGAAGAUGUUACCGGCCGUGACAUUGUGUUUGCACUGGACAAAUUGAAGUUCGAGGAUGUCGGAUUGUACAGCCCCGAUCCCAGUCGCAACAACCUACCUUCGGUACCCGGUAUCAAGAUCACCGACUUUAACAACCCAUUCUUCAAUCUUGCGUAUGGGGCUGAUCAUAAAAUAGAGAGCAUGCAACCGGUUCAGGUGUUGAGAAGGGAAUUGCGCUAUGAAGGGCAUGAGAAGAUGUUCGGCUGUACCAUUCCCUUUCUUCUUGGUCUGCCAUGGAUUACACGUGCCGACAACGACCGGCGGUGGAUUAUUGAGAAGAGGAAAAUCGAAAAGCCAAUCAACCUCCGCUACCUGAAUUUCCAAUUCGAUGCGGCAGAUCAGCAGCGCUUGGAAAAUAUUCGAUUGUUGAAGCAAGAGGAUUAUCAGGCAGCAUCCUGUCACUACGGAACCUUCGUUCUUGUAAAUUUGCUGGGAGUCAAAAUUUACCCUUACCACAUCUCGGCCUUAUGCGAUUAUCUCGACUACUGCUUCAAAUUCACCAUUACUCCUAACAAGGAAGGGUUUCUUAACUCUUGGCCACAGUGGUGUCAGGCGCAUGAUGGAGAUGGUCAUGCUUUUAUCUCACCUUACGACAUUGAGGAACUACCAGAGGAAACAGCUUUCCCCGACGGCGGCGUUGAGAAUUUGUGGGGCGGCUUUGGUGAAGGCCUGAUCAAAGACAUCGAAAUCGUUUCUGCUACCUUGAUGGAGGAUCUUUGGCCGGUGAAGUUUGGAGGCCCAUGGGUAGCUGAAGAUUCGCCAGAUGGGUCCAAUCCAGACUCCGACGGCGGCGGCGCUUCCUAG